CAGUUGUCCCAAUUGAUGAUUAUCGUAUAGUGUGUACUCAUAGCAUAAAAUUUGUUCAAUGAAUUAAAAAUUAUAUUUUUUAGAUAUGUAGACAUUAGCGAUGUAUUAAUCCGGGAAGCUCGUCUAUCUCGGAAAUAUCGAGUCUGCGACAACGUCAAUUUGGAAAUUAUUCUUAGAGAAUAUGAAAAUUAUUACAAGAUGAAAUUCCAAAAAUAUAUCCUAUAUUGUGUAAGAAAAUAACUGAAAAGGAAAUAAAGACGAGGGAAAUGACAAAUGCGAACAAAGUCAAACAAACGAGAAGUGAGUCUGUAUCUGGGUCUGUCGAAGGGAGGAAUGCACAACAGAAGAUGAGGGGUGAUGCUACCGAUGAUAUUAAUCUUGCAAUGACAGUGACAACAAUUUCUGCCAAUGAAAACGAUGGAUCUUCAUCAGAAGAGCUUCAUCAAAGAGCUUCAUUUAACGUCUCAAUGGAACAAUCCAGGCAAUCAAAGAUAUCAAAAUGUGCUCGGAACCUUUAUAUAGACAAUCCAGAAUUGCAGAAGAUUGCUCAAGACAUUUUAUCUGAAAUCAUACUGAAAGAAUUAAAUGUAUAUUGGGACAACAUUGCAGGCCUAGAGGAAUGUAAAUCUGCCAUUAAGGAUGCCAUUGUGUAUCCCCUUAAAUACCCUAUCUUUUUUAAAGGCCCAUUUGCUCCCUGUAAAAGUAUUCUGCUAUAUGGACCACCUGGUACAGGGAAGACGAUGUUGGCGAAGGCAGUCGCAACAGAAUGCCAAUGCACCUUUUUUAACGUAACGACCAGCUCAUUGGUGGACAAAUGGAGAGGUGAUUCCAAGAAGUAUAUCCGUGUUUUAUUUGAACUUGCCUAUAAUAAUUCGCCUACAAUUAUUUUUAUCGACGAGAUUGACUGCAUAGGAACAAAUAAAGGAGUAAAGUAUACAUUGUCUGAAUCUGCAAAGACAUUCAGAUCAGAACUUCUUUUUAGAUUGGAUAGAUUAGUAAUUAACAAAAAUUCUGAUGUAGUUCUUUUGGCCGCAACUAAUUGCCCUUGGGAUAUUGAUGCAACUUUACGCAGACGCCUUGAAAAGAAUAUAUACGUAUCAUUACCAAACGAAGUUACUCGAUUUUAUAUGUUCAAAUUAUACCUUAGCAACCGAUUAUUAGAGAAUAUGGAUAUUGUGAGUCACAUAAUAAAAUCUACUGAAAAAUAUUCUUGUGCUGAUAUAAAAUUGCUUUGUACGCAAGCAUGGCUGCUAGAAAUGAAUCCAAUGUUUAAAAGACUUGAAAAAGGAGAAACAUCUACUACGACUUUGAAAUAUGAAUUAAAGAAUUAUAAAAUAAUAGCAAAAUUGUUAAAAAAAAUGUCACCUACAGUUACGAAUGUGGAUAGAUAUGAAGCGUGGAAAAAAUAUGUAUGCCAAAACAAGAUAUUUUAAAAAAUAUAAAAG